AUGCUCAAAAAAUAGCAGGAUGCCUUUGAAUUUGACUUCAAAAAUGAUAUCCCAUUCGAAUAUCGAGCCUCUGAAUGCCAGAAGAUAUUGCAGAGACAAUCUAAUAGGAUUCCUCUAAUCAUCUAGAGAGCUUAGAGGGAAACCGAUAUAGAAGAGAUCAAGCAAUAAAAAUACCUAGUGCCAACUGACUUCACUUAUCAGCAAUUUUUGGAAUUCAUAAGAUAGAAGUUAAAUGUAAGCAAGAAUACUGGAAUCUACAUAUUCUUUUCCAACAACAAAUUCUACCAGGGAGAAAAAGCAAUGACUCAGGUUUAUGAAGAGUGCAAGGAUGAAGAUGGAUUCCUUUAUUGCAAGUAUGCAGGCACUGAGGUUUUCGGCUGA